UGUUGUCUAAAAGUGGUCUCCAAGAUGGGAGGUGCUGUGAGUGCAGGGGAAGACAACGAUGAGCUCAUAGAUAAUCUCAAAGAAGCCCAGUACAUUCGGACCGAAUUGGUAGAGCAGGCUUUCCGAGCAAUUGAUCGUGCUGACUACUACCUUGAAGAAUAUAAGGAAAAUGCUUACAAAGAUUUGGCAUGGAAGCAUGGAAACAUCCAUAUCUCAGCUCCGUGCAUCUACUCAGAGGUGAUGGAAGCCCUGGAACUGCAGCCUGGUCUCUCAUUCUUGAACCUGGGCAGUGGCACUGGGUACCUUAGCUCCAUGGUGGGGCUCAUUCUAGGUCCUUUUGGUGUAAACCAUGGGGUGGAGCUCCAUUCAGAUGUGAUAGAGUAUGCAAAGCAGAAACUAGACUUCUUCAUCAGAACGAAUGAUAGCUUUGACAAGUUUGAUUUCUGUGAGCCUUCCUUUGUUACUGGCAAUUGCCUGGAGAUUUCUCCAGAUUGUUCUCAGUAUGACCGUGUGUACUGUGGGGCUGGAGUGCAGAAAGAACAUGAGGAAUACAUGAAGAACCUUCUCAAAGUUGGGGGCAUCCUUGUCAUGCCUCUGGAGGAGAAGUUGACUAAGAUUACACGUACUGGUCCUUCUGCUUGGGAAACCAAAAAGAUUCUGGCUGUUUCAUUUGCUCCUCUGAUCCAACCCUGCCAUUCAGAGUCUGGAAAAUCAAGACUUGUCCAGUUACCACCACUGGCAGUUCGAAGCCUUCAGGACUUGGCUCGCAUUGCUAUCCGGGGCACCAUUAAGAAGACCAUUCAUCAGGAAGCUGUGGUCCAAAAUGGAAGCGGGUUGAAGAACACUCCUAAGUUUAAACGGAGGAGAGUUCGCCACCGUCGAAUGGAAACAAUCGUCUUUCUAGACAAAGAAGUCUUUGCUAGUCGGAUAUCCAACGCCUCUGAUGACAAUAGCUGUGAAGGCUUAGAAGAGGAACGGAAGCAGUGGGAAGAAGAGAAAACCCUGCCUGAAUCCAAGCCAGACCCUCCAGUGAACUUCCUGCGUGAGAAGGUCCUGAGCCUCCCCCUGCCAGAUCCCCUGAAGUACUACCUGCUGUAUUACCGAGAAAAGUAAUGCCUGUCCCCAAGUUGACUGGAACAGAUACAAUCGAAAGGGAAGUGUUGGACCCUCUUUAUUGCGUUAUCUAGUCCUUGGUUGUCUUCUAGAAUUUAUCCAGUGGUAUGAUUUCCUAAGAAAUAAUUUGAUGUAAAGUAAAGUUCACAGGUGCAUGUUUUCUCAGGAGGUAGAGAAGGUUUUCCCUCUUUAGCCACACCGAUAAAACUUGACUCUCCACUUAAGAGAAGCUUAAUGACAUUUCUCACCUGAGAUACUCCCCCCACCCCGCAGGAAACCUGAAAUCGUCAUUCACUCAUGUUGCUUUUUAAAAUAUGAGACAAAGCACAAGUUUAUAAAUCUUAAAAGAGAUGUUAAUUGUAAUUUAAGAAAAGUGGUGGGAAAGUUGAAUACAUCAUCAAAGUAUGAGAUAUCUUUCAGGAAUCUCCAAAGAAUUUUGAGGACUUUUUUUUUUCUUUAUUCCAGAACCAAUGUUAAAUAACUCCUUGAAUGAGGGAUUAUUAAUUUCUGUAAGA